UCUCAUUAAGGCGAGUGUGUUCCUCUCGCCCUGUCAAUAAUCUCCGCUCCCAGACUACUCCGUUCCUCCGGAUUUCGAUCCCCCUUUUUCUAUCUGUCAAUCAGCGCCGCCUUUGAACUGAAAAGCUCAGUCUAACUUCAACUCACUCAAAUCCGAGCGGCACGAGCUCCUUCGGUGUCUUCGGCUUCCCCCCCCUUUGCUCUUAUAUCUGACUUGUUGUUGUUGUUUUUUUUUAACCCCCGUUUUUUAUUUAUUAUUUUUUUGCACAUUGAUCGGAUCCUUGGGAACGAGAGAAAAAAGAAAUCCAAACUCACGCGUGCAGAAGAUCUCCCCCUUCCCCUCCCCUCCUCCCUCUUUUCCCCUCCCCAGGAGAGAAAGACCCCAAAGAAGGAAAAAAAAGUUAACCUUGGACUCGUCUUUUUCUUGCAAUAUUUUUUGGGGGGCUCGCAAAACUUUUUUUUUUUUUUGCUUUUCUUCCUCCUUCAUUUUUCUUCCAAAAUUGCUGCUGGUGGGUGAAAAAAAUGCCGCAGCUGAACGGCGGUGGAGGAGAUGACCUAGGCGCUAACGACGAACUGAUCUCCUUCAAAGACGAGGGCGAGCAGGAGGAGAAGAACUCGGAAAACUCCUCGGCGGAGAGGGAUUUAGCCGAUGUCAAGUCGUCGCUGGUCAAUGAAUCAGAGACGAAUCAAAACAGCUCCUCCGAUUCCGAGGCGGAAAGACGGCCUCCCCCUCGCUCCGAAAGUUUCCGAGAUAAAUCCCGGGAAAGUUUGGAAGAAGCGGCCAAGAGGCAAGAUGGAGGGCUCUUUAAGGGGCCACCGUAUCCCGGCUACCCCUUCAUCAUGAUCCCCGACCUGACGAGCCCCUACCUCCCCAACGGAUCGCUCUCGCCCACCGCCCGAACCCUCCAUUUUCAAUCCGGCAGCAAUCAUUACUCUGCGUACAAAACGAUUGAACACCAGAUUGCAAUUCAGUAUCUGCAGAUGAAAUGGCCGCUGCUCGAUGUCCAAGCAGGAAGCCUCCAGAGCAGACAAGCCCUCAAGGAUGCCCGCUCCCCCUCGCCCGCACACAUCGUGUCGAACAAAGUUCCGGUGGUGCAGCACCCCCACCAUGUCCACCCACUCACGCCGCUCAUCACCUACAGCAACGAACACUUCACCCCGGGAAAUCCACCUCCACACUUACCCGCUGAUGUAGACCCCAAGACAGGAAUCCCACGGCCUCCGCACCCUCCAGAUAUCUCUCCAUAUUACCCGCUGUCGCCCGGCACCGUAGGACAAAUCCCCCAUCCGCUAGGAUGGUUAGUACCACAGCAAGGUCAGCCUGUGUACCCAAUCACGACAGGAGGGUUCAGACACCCCUACCCCACAGCGCUGACAGUCAACGCUUCUAUGUCUAGGUUCCCUCCCCACAUGGUCCCUCCCCAUCAUACUCUCCACACGACCGGCAUCCCCCAUCCGGCCAUCGUCACCCCAACAGUCAAGCAGGAAUCCUCACAGAGUGACGUCGGCUCACUCCAUAGCUCAAAACAUCAGGACUCCAAAAAGGAAGAAGAAAAGAAAAAGCCCCACAUAAAGAAGCCCCUCAACGCGUUCAUGUUGUAUAUGAAGGAAAUGAGAGCGAAGGUGGUGGCUGAGUGCACACUGAAGGAAAGUGCAGCCAUUAACCAGAUCCUCGGUCGCAGGUGGCAUGCCCUGUCCAGGGAAGAGCAAGCAAAGUACUACGAGCUGGCCCGGAAGGAACGACAGCUUCACAUGCAGCUGUAUCCUGGCUGGUCUGCGCGGGAUAACUAUGGGAAGAAGAAGAAGAGGAAAAGGGACAAGCAGCCUGGUGAGACCAAUGAACACAGCGAAUGUUUCCUAAAUCCUUGCCUUUCACUUCCUCCGAUCACAGACCUGAGCGCUCCUAAGAAAUGCCGAGCGCGCUUUGGCCUUGAUCAACAGAAUAACUGGUGCGGCCCCUGCAGGAGAAAAAAAAAGUGCGUUCGCUACAUACAAGGUGAAGGCAGCUGCGUCAGCCCACCCUCUUCAGAUGGAAGCUUACUAGACUCGCCUCCCCCAUCCCCGCAUCUGCUAGGCUCCCCUCCCCAAGACGCCAAGUCACAGACUGAGCAGACACAGCCACUCUCGCUGUCCCUGAAGCCUGACCCUCUGGCCCACCUGUCCAUGAUGCCACCGCCACCUGCGCUCCUGCUGGCUGAAGCUGCCCACGGCAAGGCCUCCACCCUCUGUCCCAACGGAGCCCUGGACCUGCCACCUGCUGCCCUGCAGCCACCCAUGGUCCCCUCUUCAUCGCUCACACAGCCGUCAACAUCUUCCUUACAUUCCCACAACUCUCUGGCUGGGACCCAGCCCCAGCCUCUGUCUCUGGUGACCAAGUCUUUAGAAUAGCUGCACCUGGUCCACCGUCCCCUGCUUGAUUGACGUGUGUCCUCCUGGUUCUUGGUUUCCCCAUCUUGGAAAGCUUUUGUUUUGUACUCUUAAUUUUGUGCCUCUGUGGCUUACAUGAGUUGAUGUUUAUCGAGUUCAUUGGUCAAUAUUUGACCCAUUCUUAUUUCAAUUUCUCCUUUUAAAUAUGUAGAUGAGAGAAACCUCAUGAUUCUACCAAAAUUUUUAUCAACAGCUGUUUAAAGUCUUUGUAGCGUUUAAAAAAUAUAUAUAUAUACAUACAUAACUGUUAUGUAGUUUGGAUAGCUUAGUUUGAAAGGACUGAUUAAAAAGCAAAAAGAAGAAAAAAAAGAGAGAAGCCGUUUCGAAGCACCCUCCAGAAGGAGUUGGUUCUGUAUUAUUUGUAUUAAAUACGAGCUUGCGAACCAAUCACUUUACAUCGCGGUUUUGAAACCAUGAGGGCACAAUGAAUGCAGUGCCGUUUCUUUCCUUUUCUUUCUUUCUUUUUUUUUUUUCCUGUGUGAAACAACUUUUAUUGUGAUGUUACUUGUUAUUGUUUAAAUGUACAGAGACAAAGGGUUAAAAUGUGUUAAUAUACCUUGUUCCAUGGUGUUGUUCUUUUGGGGGGAGGGGGACGCUACUCAACAAUGAAUGGAAUCAGAGCUGUUGGACCAGUAGUAUUUAUUGCUUUAGAGAUUGCUUGUACCUGUACGUCCGUCCCUUUAAAAUAUGUUUUACUUUUUUUUUGAAACUGUAUAAAGUCCACCCCCUCUUAGCAUAAGCAUCUUAUAUAUAACAACUCAUUUGUACAAGGUUUUUAAGUUUAUAUAUAAAAUGUGUAUAUAUUUUUUUGUUUUCUUUUUUUGACUUUUUGUUUGUUUGUUUGUUUUUGUUUGUUUCUGUAUGAAACCCAGAUGCCACCAAAUGGACAUUGAUAGUUGCAUUAAAGAUCAGUAGCAUUAACGAAAGUUGCUUUAAAAGCCAUUAUGUAAAACAAGACUUGAACAUUAGUGAGAGAAUCUUAGCAGCUGUCUGAGCAGCCGUGGGAACCACCCUGUUUCCCCCCUGACCUCCUAGUCAAUUGCCCUGUGCUCUUAGAACAUGGACUGACCGCGUGCAAAACUUUUAUGUGCCAAAACUCUCAGUGACUUUAGCUCUCUCCCUCUUUUCUGAUGCUGUACUUUCCGUUCGCCAUGUUUUGCUGUGAUGUUACAUAGAUAGAUUUGUAUGUAGUUUUAAUGUCACCUAUAACAAAAUGUGUUUGGUAGCAGACUGUCCAGAAAGCAUUUUAAAUGAAGAGGUCUAAACCCUUAAGGGCCAAAAAUUCUGUAUAUUAGAUUACUCUUAAAUGAAAAAAAAAAGAAAAAAGAAAAAAAAAACCAGCUGCCGCUUUUAUGUAUGCAUAUUACAUACAAGUAGGUGGUGAACUUAACACAGGAGAACCUAGGCAUGCUGAUGUUGUAAAAUCCUGUAUAAAGCCGAGACCUGUUCCUCCAGUGCCAUCGUAGUUGACAUGAAGCGAUUGUAAAACUGUCUCCGGUUUUCUCUGGUUUAUUAAAAUGCUAACUAUAACAUUUUUUGUGAAUACUUUGAAUGUUUCCUAACAGUUGUGAUGUUAUUGUUCUGUUUUAUGCUUAUUCCGAGUUCAUUUUGAAUGGUUUGGAAGCCAUUUUUGUAAUGAAUAAAUGUCCAUGCUGUACAGUAUCUGUAGCAUGCUGUUCUGGAUUAAUAAAAGCAACUUAGUAUGUGCAGAGAAA